AAUAAAAAAUCGCGGAAUAUAUGACCAAAAUGCCCUUGGAGCAUUAUCACCAGGGGAUUACGAGUCUGUGUACGAGAUAUCGGAGGGUAUUCUCUGAGCUAAGGAAAAAACCAGCCCAUGGCGAUCAUCUCAACCACUUCCUCCCAAAUCCCUUUCACCUGCAAUGGGUUUCAUCAGACAAGGCAGAUCCUCAGAAUCAGCACCAUUAUUAGCUUACCCAAUCAGAAUAUAUACCGGAGGCUGUUCAGCAUUUGCAACCCAUCAAGGAAACGCCUUACAUCUUUGUUAAAGCCAAUAUCUGCAACUGGUUUAGUAGGUUUGGAGGCUUCAACUAGUCCAAAGAUAAGUUCAAUAAACAUAAAGGAUGCCAAAGUUGUGUUGGAAUCAAAGGAUGGUGAUAAACUCAAGCUGAGAGUGGACUUGUCUGGAAAGGAAACAGACAAAGUUUUUAACUUGGUGCUGAAGAAUUUGGCUCUCACUGCACCUCCUGUUCCAGGAUUUCGUAAACAAAAGGGAGGAAAAAUGACAAACGUCCCUAAGGACUUUUUACUACAAAUUCUAGGUGAAGAUCGGGUUACCAAUUUCGUCAUACAAGAAAUCGUUAGUACCACACUAGCCGAUUAUGCACAGAAGGAGAAUCUAAACGUCAAAGAAAACAAAGUCAGCACUGUUGAGACAUCGGAUGAACUGAAAUCAUCGUUUGUGGCUGGGAAAGAAUUUGGGUUUACGGCUACUCUGGAGAUUGAAGAAGAUUCAACAACUGCCGAGAUUGAAGAAGAUUCAACAACUGUGGAGACAGAAGCAACAGUGGGCAUUGAAUAAUAAACUAGAAGGUUUUGCAACUCAAAAGAACUCUGUAUAAUCUAUAGAUAUUCAUAUAUACAACAACUAACAGAUUGAUCCUCCAAUGUUGGAACAAUAAUUAGGUAAACUUUAGUUGUUGUCCCUAUGUGGUGAUUACAUGAUGACCCCUCCCCUCCCUCCCAAGAAAUUUUCAAAAAAAUCAAAUUAACAAGGAUUUGUGUA